GGAGUGACAAUCCAAAGCUGGUAGCUGGAGUUUGGAGUGUCCAACAAUGAAGUAGGAAAUUACAAGUGUCAUUAUCUGACGCCGAAGAUUUAAACACGUUUAUUGGACAUUUAAAACAACGGGAUAAUUAAUAUUCACACCCUGAACCAACAUACCGGGGAUGUGUAAUUUUAUGCGAUAAUACCUGUGAGGAUCGGAGUUUAACUUUACGUACCUCCUGUGUGUGGAUGUUUUACGUUGGAUUUCUUUGCUGCGCUUGUAUUUUUUGAAGAGACUAGGCAGUUCAGCCCGCCACCUAUACUUUUUAUACAGUGUUUAUUUGCCCUAGACUACAGUUUAAGACGAGUUUAAUUGGAGUUGCAAGUUGCAGACUCCUUGCUGUUUGGGUCUUCAGUUCAGGAUCUCCCGGAAUUAGCUGCUGAAGCACACAGAUUCUCUCUGGAGAUAAACCUGGGAUAUCUCUUGAUUUUAGCAGCUCACUAGAAGACCAAGAAGUAUCCUGAAAACAGGCCUUCAUUAUUAAUUUACACUAUGCUUUUGGAGAACAGGAGUUCAAAGCAUUGUUUUUAAUUGAACAAUUUUAAUUUCAGUUUAAUCUCACAUACUUCACAUUUCUUGGAUGUUAAUUUGCCAAAUAUUGGUUGUAGUUAGUUAGUGCAUGAUUUGAUAAUUCUGGCGGUCCCCAUGGCACUCUGACGGAUUAUUGUGGUACUGCUACUCACAAGGACAGUGUGGAUUGUAACCAUGGGAAAAGAACAGGAGCUCUUCCAAGCAGUGAAGCAUGGGGACAUGCAGACUGCACAAAAGCUUCUGGCAAAGAUCAAAACCAAUCGCAACAAGCUGCUGGGCUCAACAAAGAGGCUGAAUAUCAACUACCAGGACUCCGAUGGGUUCUCAGCCCUGCACCACGCCGCCCUCACAGGCACCACUGACCUCAUCGCCCUGCUGCUGGAGGCCCAGGCCACUGUCGACAUCAAAGACAGCAAUGGAAUGAGGCCUCUGCACUACGCUGCCUGGCAGGGCAAAGCUAACUCCGUUCACCAGCUACUCCGCGCUGGCGCUUCUGUCAACCUGGCCUCCCAGGACGGGCAGAUCCCACUGCACCUCGCAGCUCAGUAUGGACACUACGAAGUGUCGGAGAUGCUGCUGCAGCACCAGUCUAACCCCUGCAUCAUAAAUAAGGCGCGGAAGACGCCGCUCGACCUGGCAUGCGAGUUUGGGAGGCUGAAGGUGGCUCAGCUGUUGUUGAGCAGUAACAUGUGUGUGGCCCUGCUGGAGGGGGAGAGUAAGGACAGCUCGGACUCUGGCUCCAACACUCCCCUGCACCUCGCUUCCAGGAACGGACACAAGGACAUCAUCCGGCUGCUGCUGAAGGCAGGGAUCGACAUCAACAGAACAACCAAGUCAGGGACCGCUCUGCACGAAGCAGCUCUCUAUGGGAAGACAGAGGUGGUGCGUCUUCUGCUUGACGCUGGAAUUGAUGUGAAUAUUCGCAACACCUACAGCCAGACCUCCCUGGACAUUGUGAACCAGUUCACCACAUCCCAUGCCAGCAAGGAGAUCAAGCAGCUGUUGAGAGAGGCAUCAGGACUCCUGCAGGUGCGAGCGCUGAAGGAUUACUGGAACAUCCACGACCCCACUGCCCUCAAUAUCCGAGCAGGCGACAUCAUCAUGGUUCUGGAGCAGCACAUGGACGGCCGCUGGAAAGGACACAUCCACGACUCACAGCGGGGUACAGACCAGGUUGGGUACUUCCCUCCCUCCAUCGUGGAGGUCAUCAGCAGGAGGGCAGGUGGCACCCUGUCCCGCCACUCCUCCCUGCCCAUGCAGCGCCAGCAGCUCCUCUCCAGACCCCCCCUCACAACCCUGACUGCCCCCCAGACUGACGACACCUACCAGCUGUACGCUCCACCUCCUCACAUCGCCUUUCACCGGUCAAAUGGGCACGGAGACAACACAGUUCCUGGCAGACAACCGUUUGAAAUGUCAGGGCCAGCCAGCCUCAGUGAGGAUAUAUGGGUCCUCAGGAGCUCGCACUCCUUAACUGGUGACCGGAACAGCGUUGGCAGCACGGGCAGUGUGGGCAGCACUCGGAGCGCAGGCAGUGGGCAGAGUAUGGACAGCACCAGCGGGCAGCCAACAGGUGGCAGCACAGAGAACAGCAAGGUACAGUGUGCGAUAGAAAUGGGAUUACACUCACAGCAGACAGGGGGCAGAGCUGUGUUCCAGGGAGCAAAGUUACUCCCAGCAGGGCCUGUCGAGCUGAGGUCCGGGGAGCAGAGUUACUCCCAGCAGUUCAUCCGACCGGAACACCUUCUGGAGGGCAAGGAUGCCGAAGCUAUUUACCUGUGGCUGAAUGACUUCCAGCUGGAACAGUACACUGCCAGCUUCAUCAACGCUGGAUACGACGUUCCCACCAUCAGCCGCAUGACUCCUGAGGACCUGACUGCUAUUGGAGUGACAAAACCAGGGCAUCGAAAGAAGAUUUCCAUUGAAAUCGGGAAUCUGAGUAUACCGGAGUGGCUGCCAGACUAUAUCCCGGCUGACCUGGGGGAGUGGCUCAGUGCUAUCGGCUUGUCCCAGUAUCACAAGAAGCUGUCAGAAAACGGGUACGACUCGAUAAACAUCGUCCGGGACAUCACAUGGGAGGACAUGCAGGAGAUUGGCAUUACCAAACUUGGUCACCAGAAGAAGAUGAUGCUGGCAGUGAAGAAGCUGUGUGACAUCCAGAAGGCUCUAAACCAGGCAGAGGCAGGCACGAGGACCCUGCGGCGCAAGAUCCCUGCAGCGCUGGACAUCGUCACCAUUGAGCCUGUGGAAGGCGGGGAGUGCCAGUCCCCCCACACCCCUAAAAUGCUGACAUUCCAGGACAGCGAGCUGAGCGUCGAGCUGCAGAGCGCCAUGUCCAACACCUACAGCAGCUGCCAGGACGGACUGGCCAUCAAGAACGCUGUGUCCAUGUCCUGUAGCCAGGAGAGCAUCGGGAUCCGCUCGCGGGGCUCCGGGCACUCUCAGGACAACAUGCUGGCCAGGACCACCCUCUCCAGCCGCUCCCAGGAGAGCCUGGGCAGCGGGGACAGCAGUGGCAGCAGCGGGAGCCGCUCCAAAGCAGGGGCCACCCAAGAGAGCCUCCGGAAACCCACCAGCGGGACUGACGGGACCAACGGUAGCCCUGCCAAGGAAAGGAACAUUCCGGAAGGCCGUGACCAACAUCAGUGGCCUCUAGUGCUCACUAAGAGUGGUGUCCCCACCUCCAGCAUCCUGGGGAAAGCCAUUCCCCCACAGCAUUUUCAUCAGUACUCAUCUGCCCUCAUCCCGUCAGCAGCCAAACAACCCUUCACACCGCCACACAUCCCUAGCAAAGCUCCUCAGGCUUUCAUUUACCCUCCAGUCCCAGCAAAAACCAAGCAGGUAGGUCCACUGCCUUCAGCCCCCGUGCUCCCGUUUCAGCAUAUGCCCCACUCUGCAGCACAGAAAGCGUUCACCUAUGUCCACUCUCAAUGCCAGGACAGCUUGGAAACUGAGCACAGCUCCCAUGCCAAGCCCCUGCCCGGCACUGUGCCCAUGCCAUGCCACAGCAGCCCAGCACUGAACUCAGACUUCUUCAAGUUGAAGAAGCGCUCCCAGAGCCUCACACGCCAUGCCAUGUCUGACGACGAACCUGAGGAAAACGAGAGACCUGUGGGCAACCUGGGAUCCUACGCUACCCUGACCAGACGGCCUGGGCGCAGCCAGCUGGCACGGUUACCAUCCGCCCCAGACCGGAAUGUCAACCGCAGCCAGUCAUUUGCCAUCAGGACCCGCCGGAAAGGACCGCCCCCUCCUCCCCCCAAGAGACUGAGCUCUGUGACGGCUCCCCAGGAGGAGAGUGCUCUCUGUGAUCAGCCUGCAGAUCUGCCCACCGUGCAUGCAGCUCCUCCCAAUGGAGUGGAGACUAGCAGUGCUGGCAGUGUAAGGACUAUAGCCGCCAUGUUGGAGCUUUCUGGUGCUAGUCCAGUCAAAACGCCAGUAAAACAGGAAAAGGUUAUCGUCGGGAACAACCUGAAGCUAGAAACAUCCAUUCCCAAACCCGCCAGCCCAGAGAGUUCACCCAGAAUAACCCUGAUGCCCCAGACUCUGAGGGAGAGCGCUGGGUACCCCAGCCAGCGUAAAAGGACCUUCAGUGAGCCAGGGGUCUGCCAAACAGAUAAGAUGGAGCCUGAAGUGGAGGAGGUCAAAUCUGAUGCCGAGGAUGAAACAAAGGUGCAAACAAAACCAGGCCUGGACAGUUCUUCUUCAUCCCAGAACAGCUCCAGUGAGUGUAUCCCCUUUGCCGAGGAAGGCAACCUCACCAUUAAACAGAGACCCAAGGGGAACGGGCUUCUCAAGGCAGAUACUUCCACAGAAACAAAUGAGCAGGCAGCUGGGGGGCAGGGGACAAAACAGCUGGAAGUGCCUGAGUUCAACCUGACAGAGUCUGACACAGUAAAGCGAAGGCACAAGCCCAAGGAGAAAGAGGAGCAGCAGGCAGCCCCAGACGGGAAACCUGAGACCAACCACAGCGUCUCUCUGUCUCGCUGCGCCGGGGCUCACACUAUGAACAUUGUCUCCACCAAGAUAGGCAGGGGACCUCAAGAGCCCAUCACAGCCAAAAGGGAUUUUGAGGACGAUGAUGGCAUGGGCUUCAGGAUCGCAGAGAUCGAGAAAAGCAUCGAGUCUCUGGAAAAGGGCACAGGCAAGAUGGAGAAGCCGGCUCUUUCUCCCAAGUCCACCGGCUCCCAGGUCACCAAGCUGGCUACUGGAGCGUCCGCAGACACUAACUCCCACCUGCACAGACCUGUAGCAGCUGCAGAUAUCCAUGAGAUCCCUGUCCAUUCGGUGACGCUGAAUGUUGUCCAAAGCCUGGCUUUCACAACCACCACACCCAGCAGCCCUUGUUCCCUCUUACAGACCCCACACUUUGGGUCCCUGAGGCCCCAAAGCAGAGCAAGAAACUCCCCUGCCUCCUCCCCUCCUGGGCCAGGGGCACCCUACGUCUCAGCCUUGGUUCAGCACAGACUGGAGCAGACCAGCACCUCCCUUGAGGCCGCGCUGCAGGCAGUGGAGAGGAAGCUGACGCUGGAAGACAGCAGAGACUGUGGGAACAGCACAGUGCGAUCGGCCGGUAACAUUCUCGAUGACAUCGGCAACAUGUUUGAUGACCUUGCCGAUCAGCUGGACGCCAUGCUGGACUGAGGAGAGGAGGCCUGCAGUGCAGAAAGAGCAGGGGCCAAAUCGCUGCUGUGAGCACGGCUAGGAUAUGACAGGUUUCUGAAAGGACCAAGCCCUUGGGUGUCUGCAGCGAGUGAAGCUACAGCACUUUAACCACAGCGGGAGUUCCCGGGACACACAAAUAUACAGGGCUCUUGUUUGAGAAAUAACCUGAUUUGCAUACAGGAGCUUGGCCUUGAUUAGCAGGACAGAAUUCUGCAGUCCAGCUUCUUUUUCUGUUUCGGUUGGCUUCAACACAAGCACUUAAAAACAACAUACUGUACAAAACAGCUUAGUAAUUCAGUUAUGAAAAGUAUUGCCAGACUGCUAAUGUGUCUAGGACCCUUGUGUUUGACAUUUUACUAAGUCCCACCUUCCUUUAGAUUUAAAAGCUAAUCUCAUUGUGCAUACUAAUUAAAGUUUAUACAUCGAUCUGUAAUUGCAAAAGCGCAGGGAGUAAAAGUGGAGUACAGAGGCUAAGACUCUGAGUUCCUUAUCUUGUGUUCACCCUCCUACAUCAGGAAGGGCCUCUGCUGGCAAGCAGGCCAAGGCAGAGGCUGCCAAACCCAUUGAAAUUAACUGGAAUGCCAUACAUUUAAACACACAGCCUUCUGCACUCCACGUCACGUGGAACGUUCUGGGGGAUUAUGGUGCUGUUGGACAAGAUCAGUCCACCACAAAGACCAAAGCUUUUACUGGGUGUGCUGCGUUAACAUUUAAUAAGGAAUGCUUGGGCUAUUUUUAUUUUUAAAAAAAAAGAAAAAGAGGUUCUGUCUCCGUUUGUGCGAUACAUGUUUUGAAUGACCUAGAAUUCCUGGGUGUUUUUUUUGUUUGUUUGUUUUUUUCAAUGCAAGCGUGUUCUGAGAGUGCCAUUCCUCUGAGAUGAGGUUUAAAAAGCUUUUAACGGGGCUCCCGAGUGGCAUCCAGUAAAGGCGCUCAGCGUGGAGUGCAGGAUGCGCCUUGAACCGGCAACGUCCAGGCUAUAAUAACAAUAGGCAACGACUAAAUAAAAAAACAUUUUCAAAGUUGAAAUAAAAUAACACUGAGGCAUUGUAGCUAGAGCUUGUUGUUCUGCUUGUUUAUUGUACAGUAUAAGUUAGGCGCUAGCCCUUGCUCAUGAAAUUGAGAAGCUCUGGCUACUUCCAGGCAGGCACAGAUUACAGCUUCCCCUCAAAGCUCUGCGCGAGAGAGAGAGGCCUUCAGAGAUGAGAGAAUGAUGAUUCGGCCUGCUGCACCACCUCAUCUAGCCCCAGAUUAUUCCUACACUCAGAAUUUGUCAGCUUGUGUGCUGAUCCAUAGUAAAUUUAGUCAGCAUGUGUUUCCAGGCCUAGCUUCCUCGCACUUGCAUUCAAUGUCCUAUUCUAGGCAGUCAGUUUUUAGGCUUAAGGCCUCACCAGCAUUGUAACAUAGUCAUUGCAUUCAACUAUGAUUUUAAUAGAUAAGAUCACAUGGAAUGUAAGUGGACUCUGGCAUUCCACUCAAAGCUAUUUGCUAGUCUGGCUCAGGUUAUUGCAACACUUGGUUAUUUGAUCAGUUUCUGUACAGCACCCUGCGUGUAUAUAAAAGGCUCUUCACAAGCUUGGCAUUGUGUUAUCUUGCACUCAAUCUGAUUCAAGUCACACACAAAUCUUUAGUCGCAUGCUCAUUACAGUACUGGAGGGACGAUAGCUGUACAGAGACUAUCAGAAAUGCAUUCAUCUCCGGAGCAAGAAGUGGUCAGUCUGGUUUUUAAUGUUGCUGAGAAAUUUGACAGAGAAAGUAUCUUUCAGCAGUGUGGGCAUUUUCACAAGCUGGAGCACUCACUGGAAACUCUUUUCUUUAGUUUACUGGCCAUAUACAGUAUCCAUAAUACUGAAAAAAAAAAAUGUGUUUAAAAAAAUUAUUCUGUAAGUAGAGUUUAAAAACAAAAUCAUAUACAGAGUUACAAUAUUUUUGACUAACUUUUUUUGGCAUUGCUUAUGUACUGUAAAACAUGUUUUUCAAUCUUGGGUAGAGGGGUAAGGUCUCACCAGGGCAUGUUGUAAUGCUUGGGUGCCGUCACCAUCUGUGCUUUUGAAACAGGAUGCAGAGUCAUUACAGCCACUGACAAACACUGUAACCAUUGCCAGGUUAAUAAGCACCUUAUUUUAAAAACAUGUCAAAGUUAAUUCAGAACUGUUUCUAAACAUUUUCAAAUCACUGCGUGAAAGAUGCGAAGUGUAUAUGGCUUAUUUAAACAUUCCUGAUGCUUUAACAGCUGGGUUGAAUUAAAGCUGUAAACGCUUAAAAUGAGGCUUGUUUUCCAAGCUGACUGUAUACAAUCCUAGACCAGCACCCGGAAUGAUACAGUGCGUCACUAAUCAAAGUGCUGCUAUUGCUGAAACUGAACCACCUCUAACAUCUUGCUAAUCUUGUAAGUUUAAAUUAUAACAAAACAUGUAAUGCUUAUGUGUAUUCAACCAAAAUGUGUAUUAUUCAGUUUAGUCCAGAAAUUCUAACCAGUGCUGUAGCCAUUUCUGUUUAUUUUAAAUGCCUUCUGUUUUAUUAUGUUUAAAAAAAGGGACAAUGAUUUAAAAAAAAAAAAAAAAAAAAAAAAAAAAAGUUAUCGGUGUUUGACUGAGAUAUUAAGUAUUACUGAAUAUGAGUACUGUCUGCAAUGAGUGUUUAUUGCAUUGUCCACGUCUCUAAACCAGCUCAAUAAUGCCAGUUAUUAAACUUUAUGUUCCACUGUU